CCAGGCGCGUAUUUCAUAAUAGUGAGCAUGCUGACGCGCCUGGGAUUUGGUGCUGCCGUGGUGCUGCGCGUCUUUGGUCGCUUGGUUUGGACUUGUGGCAGAGAUAUGAGUCUGUUGUAACACUUUUUCUAUAUUUUUUUUUAUCCACAAUCUGAGUUACUAACUGAGAUAUGUCCGCUCAAGGAUUGCUAAGCAGCGUUUUCUCGUGCUCGCUAAGUCCCAAAAGUAUCUCCAAGAGGAGGCUGAGGCAGACCAGGAGUUUGGACUCGGCGUUGAUGCGGCAUUAUGGUACCGAAACGGAGGAGACUUUAUGUAAGGGCGACUUCACCUGGAACAGUGAGUCAGGGCGUAGCGUUGGCCUGAAGCCCGUCCCCUUACAAAGCCUGUCGGAGUUGGAGAGGGUGCGUCUCCAGGAUGUGGCCUUUAGGCGAUUGCUUCGUGGUCACGACCUGGGCUGCCACAUCAGCAUCCCUAAAUAUGGCCACAAGCACAAGAAGUCACUUCGGAGGAAGCUGGACUCAUUAUCUAAGGAGAAGAGUAAGGACAGAGAGACUAUGCCACAGGCAUUUGGCAUACCGCUGUCGCAUGUUAUAUCCAACGACCGCGUGCACAAGCUGCGGCACGAUCACCCGCGGGAGGAGCACAGUGACCCCACAGAGCUGAUGCUAUCCUUCCUGCAUCUGAACUCCAGCUUCAAAAGGGUUAACAAAGAGCUCUCCAGCAGCAACUCGUCCCUGAGCUCCACUUCUGAAACCCCUAAUGAGUCACCUCUGCCCAGCACACCAGACACAGCCCCACGGACUCGCAGGAGGGGCGGGGUGUCUGUGGAUUGCAUCACUGACCUUGAUGAUAACCAGUCUCGGCUCUUGGAGGCCCUCCAGCUGUCUCUGCCAGAAGAGGCAGCUGGAAACCGGAAGAAGCACCACGAUAAAAAGCUCAGCCUUAACCCUAUCUACAGACAAGUGCCCAGGAUAGUGGACCUUUGCUGCCAGCACCUGGAACAAUACGGCCUGCAGACAGUUGGAAUUUUCCGUGUUGGGAGUUCCAAGAAGAGAGUACGACAGCUUCGUGAGGAGUUUGACCAGGGAUGGGAGGUACACAUGGAUGAGGAGCACAGCGUCCACAAUGUAGCUGCAUUGCUUAAAGAAUUCCUCAGAGAUAUGCCUGAGUCGCUGCUGACCAGAGAACUCUACACAGCCUUCAUCAACACAAUGAUGCUGGAUUAUUCAGACCAAGAAAGUGCCAUCCAGCUCCUGAUAUAUUUGCUUCCUCCCUGUAACAGCGACACGCUGCAGCGCCUCCUCGGCUUGUUGUCCACUGUGUCUGCACAUGCUGAAGACAGCCUAGACAAUGACGGACAGGAGAUCACAGGAAACAAGAUGACGUCACUCAAUUUAGCCACCGUCUUUGGACCCAACCUCCUACACAAGCAGAAAAACUCAGAUAAAGAGUUUUCGGUUGAGAGUUUUGCUCGUGCAGAGGAGAGUACAGCCAUCAUCGGCGUGGUCCAAAGGAUGAUCGAUGCUUAUGAUACGCUAUUUAUGGUUCCUGCUGACCUGCAGAAUGAGGUGCUGAUGAGUUUACUAGAAACCGAUCCAGAUGUUGUGGAUUAUUUACUGCGGAGGAAGGCCUCUCAAUGCUCAGAGUCAGGCCUUCUUAGACCAGAAGAGUCCUUUCCUCUGACUGAGAGAUGCUUAUCCAAUGACUCCCUCAAAGCAUCGAGUGGAGAGUUGUCUCCAUAUGACAAUAACUCCCCUGUCCUGUCAAAUCGACUGCUGUGUAAAUACCCAGAGGACAGUGAUCUACGCUCAGAAAGGGUCACCAGACCCUCUGAUAAGUACAAACUCAGAGAUCAUUCGAAAGAUGGAUCUGGCAGCACCUCUCCUACCCUUUCUACUGACAAAGAGCUGUCAAUGGACAGUUUCUGGGACACCUGGCAGGAACUGCUCAGGAAGGAUUUAACUGGCCACUGCAUCACUGGCUCCCUUGGAGACGCGUCGGAAUGUGACUCGUAUGGAUCAUCGGAGGGGCUGAGCAGUCACCAAGGUAACAACAAGCUGCCCGUCAGACCGACACAAACGUCAUUGGGCGUUUCGGAAUGCAGGCCACACCUCCCGGUGGCUCGCAGCAGCAGUGGUCCUCACGACCAGAGAGAGCAGAGACAGCCAGAAACAUCAUUGCAUCAGUCACUGAGCAGCCAAUCAGCAGCCAUUAGCUCAGACAACUUAGCACAAAGGACAGGAUGCCCUGCGUGUCCGUUAUUUAAGGUCAGGACGGACAGUUUGUCUCCCUUUCACUGUUCUAGACCUCUAAGAGAGACUCACAUUUCCCACUCCACACCCUCCCUCUUCACACAUAAGCCUGACCUCCAGACCCCACAGCAGUCCCAGCAGAGCCCUGCCCUCCAGACUGGAGAUACAACAGGUGCCUCUGGGCCCGGAGAAGAAAAGGGCCCUGAUCCCUCAAACUGGCAGACAGAGAGGUGGCAUAUAUGGCAGAUGCUGUCAAAAGAAAAUCCAGAAGCCCUGACAGAAACCUUGGUGUGAUGCACCUUUAACUCUAAACUUUUAGAGACAGUUAUCUUCAUCCUGUCACAUCAUCAUCUGUAAAUUUAUUCUAUUUCAUAUGCUGAUGAAAAUAUACCAAUUGUUAUUUUGCAAGGUGGAGCGUUUAACUGUACAUAUGUAAAGCAUGCUUUUGUUUCUAGUUCAUUGCACUCUGUUGUGCAAUAAUGAAACACGGAGAAAUAAUUUGCAACAACCAUGAAAAGCUUGUAUUUAGACUUGAAUGUCUUAAUUAGACUUGAAUGUUUUUUUAACGUUGAAUGUAAAAACAUAAAUCCUCUUUAUAUCGUAAUAGCGCUUUAAAAUUUAAAGUACCUUAAUGUGUACUUUGGCUACUUUAAUACUGAGCUUUGUUGCAGGCAGGCUGUAAUCUGCUCACUUGAGGAAAAGCUGCAAUUUGUGUCCACAUUUCAAUUUAUUUUUUUUUCCACCAGAAAAUUAAAACUGGAUUAUUAUGUGUUUUCAUAAUGGGUUAUUACACUAUUUUAAGUGAAUUGUCACAUUUCAGCACUCAGUGUGUGCUUAUCUGCACUCCUGCUUUUGUGUUUGAUAUAAAGUAAUAACUGUUAAAGGAGCAUUAUUUGUAGAGACAAAUUUAUAUUAUUUGUAAAUUUGCAGUAUUUUAUAAUUUAAUAAAAAUCAAUUUUGCCUCUUUUUUCAGAUGCCACUUAACAAAUUGACUUUGAUUUUGUUCUUGUUUUUCUAUAUUAAAAUAAUCUCAGCCUUUCUGGUGUCAUACAGUUAAAUUCAAUAGAAACCAAAUUGCUCUCAAAGUAAUGUUUUCUUUCAUAUUUGGCAUCGAUCUGACUGUUGACUAGUCUGACUGCAGAGGACAAAGUUAUAAACGUGACACACUGACACUGCAUGUAAGAAAAUGAUGCGUAAAGUUGGAUCGGUUCUGCAAAGUGACUUGAAAUGCCUUCAAUCUAUAUGAAAAACAUCAGAAAGUCAAAUUAGAGAGUUCAUUUGGACCAACUUGUUGCUAGUAGCAUAUGUACAGUUUAACUGCAGCACUGACCGUUUAUAUCAGUAAACUAUGUCACAUCAUACAUCAUUAUUUCCACAUGCACUUGAAUUGAAAUUGCAAAUGGGUUUAAGUACACUGAAAUAUUUUACCUGCAAUGUAGAAAAGCAAUGAUGAAGCAAAGACAAUACAGUAGUGUGUGUAUUGACAUCCUUAGAAAUAUGUUUCCUGAUGUCAGAUAAUGUAACCUGAACCUUUAUCUUUGUCGUUAACUCAGAAAUCAGCAUGAAGUUGAGCUCAAAUGUUGACUAAAUCGUGACAUGCGGCACUGAUUCUGCUCAACAACACAUUAAAACAGUUAUUUAAAACGGCCACAAGAGGGAAGCAUCAGACCAGGGAAUGCUUUUCUUUGGCUUUUCUUUUUCAUUGUAACCAGCGAACAUUGUGAGUCUGUGAAGUGGGUUUUAAAAAUUCAUUAUGUAUUGAAGAGCUGCUUGUUGCAUUUCAUUUCUAUUAUAGCCCUUUCACCGUGA